AUGAAGGCGGCGUGGUGGGGAGAGCAGCGGGAGGGGCCGGGAGGGGAGAGGGUGGAGAGGGGGCCUGGGGAGGGGCUUGAGGAGGGCUUGAGGACCUGCCUGCUCUCGGGCCAGAGCCCCGCCAACCUGCCUAUGGGCGAGACUGGUCAAGCAGGGCACAGCCAUCAUAGAGCACAAGGGGAGGGGGCGACGUGCGGUUGGGCAGCGCAACUCCUGCACAUCAUCUCCCAUCUACCCAUGCUCCCGUCACUCUGGACGGCGUCUCGGUUACCUCCAUCGAGUGGGAUCAGCGUUCUCCCGCCAUGGGUGAACCUGUAUCUAGCAGCGCGAGACAUAGUCGCAAGCUGGAAGACCCUCGACGGUGCUACCGGACGGACUACAUUCGAUUACGUCAUCGACGCCAGCGGCCGUGCAGGUAUACUGAGCACGCAGUACCUCAAGAACUGCAAGCUCAACAACAGUCUCAAGAAUGUCGCGCGCUGGGCAUAUUGGGAGGGCGAUGGCAUUGGGAAGCAUUCUCCGGGGGCGACGCGCGAAGGUAGUCCCUUCUUUGAGGCGUUUUCUGUCGGUCACGUUAUCGACCAGGAGAUCUCGAACAAGAAGGCUGAGCUCUGCUCUGCCGCAGACCCGUCAGUCACUGAGGGCUUGCUUGGCCACUACCUCACUGAGCUCAAACUUGCACCCCGCAUCCUGGAUCCCAUUGCCGACGGCAAGCUCAUCGCAAGCAAGAACGGUGCGGCGACGGUCCGCAGCGCGAGUGACUACUCAUACUUGGGUUUGUCCUACGCCGGUGCCUUCAUCGGCCCCUACUUCUCUUCUGGCAUCCGCCUCACCCUCUCCAUCGGUCUCUCUGCUGCCGCGACGAUCAACGCCUCCAUCAAGGACGACAUCUUCGAGACCGACACUGCCGAAUGGCACACCGCCAAGGUCGGAACCGGGUACAUGCACUUCCUGUUUGUCGUCUGGUCUGCAUACCAGCAGAUCCGGUCGCAGAGCGUUCCCGUGCUCUCGGACGCCGACGAGGACAACUUCGAUUGCGCAUUCGCGCACUUCCGGCCAGUCAUACGGGACAACGCGGACGUGGGCAAGGACAUGAGCGAGAGCGAGUUGCAGGUGACAAUCGAGUUCUGCAUGCAGGGGUACGUCGAGUCGCCGAACCCCGAAGAGCGUGCGGUUGUCAAGGCGUGUGUCGGGGACCUCAAGCUCGAGGAAGCGGUCAAGGCGCUCUACGGAAACCUCUCGGCUGUCAAAAAUGCGAGCGUAAAAUGGCGUGGUUGGCAAUGGAACGCGAUCAUGGAGGGGUUGGACGAACGGGAGAAGCGGAUCGCGGUGGGGAUGACGGCGCGCAAGGUGAUGCGCUCCGAGGACACUGAGCAUAUCGACAACUUUAUCAAGGACGAGCUGAACGGCUACCGCAUCAAGCUCGUUCAGGGCUCGCUUGGCCUCGAGCAGGCAUGA